UCUACAUAUCUCGACCCGCCCGCAUAUUUGUCUGCGUCCAAGCCGUCGCUCGCUCGAUCCGCAUUCUUUCACAAGAUCUUCGUGCAUUCCUCCGAAGACGCUCGCUCGUGCUGAGCAUUCCUUCCACCGGUUUCCUCCCGGCCCUUCGGGAGCCGCAGGAGAUAUCACAUUCCAGUUGAAGAAGGAUUAAGGAAGGAAACACACAUAAUAUGGCGAAUCUAAGGUUCGCGGUUAGCAUGCAACGGCUAAUACCGUUUCUGGGCUACCACCAUGUUCUUAUGAUACUCAUAGCCAUUGCUAUUAUCCUACUCUCACUACUCCUAGCAGGCUGCUCAUCCACGUCCCCCCUAAUCCCCGGCAUCUUUCUCAUCAACAUGUACUAUGAACACUACACACCCACCUACUCAACCUCGCAAGUCGAUCCCGGUGUCACAGCCGCCAUAGCCAACAUUGUCGGCCGAGCGCAACUCGCCGUCCGAGUCGGCUACUUCGGAAUCUGCAUCAACCGAGACGGCGGCUCAUACCUCUGUUCCAACAACGCAACCGCACUCGCAGACCAAGUCUCAGUUGACCAGGAUCCCCUCAACCUCAUCUGGGUCGCCAGCACCUUCAAAGACGCAAUCGUCUUCCCCUAUCUCCUCAUCGUCGCCAUCAUCCUCGCAUUCUUCACCUUUAUACUCCUCGCGACCUUCCCCGGUUGGCACGAAGAACGCGACCUAAAUACUGGCUCCGACGUUGACGUAAAACCCUUUCCCUCGCGGCCCGUCUCGCAAGUCGCCCUAGCCCUCAUCUUCAUCUCCUCCAUCUUCGUCCUAGUGUCUGUCCUCUGGCAACACACCGCCUCGGUGGCCGCCGCAACGAUAGCCCAGGACAUGGGUAACGGGAGCGUGAAAUCUGGGGUCGGGACGAGCGCGAUGGUGUUGGGCUGGUUCGGCUUUGUGCUGUUGAUCAUCGUGACAAUCGGGUUGCUGGUUAUGAUUUUAAGCAUUAUCGUGCUAGAUCGGUUGACCGACGACUAAACCCCCCCAAACCCCCCCCUCCAAAAAAAAAUAAUUUGCUGCCCUACCGCUCGCGUCCCAGGCCAGAGAGUAGAUGGGCGUUCGCCAAGUGU